AUGGCGAGCACUCGCCUUGCGGUUCUCUACCAUCGGACGAUCAUGGUGACGGAGAGGGGGGCAACGCUUUCGUCAGGUCCGCGGCAGUGCGCGUCGUCGAGGGAGAGCGCCGGGCCCGCGGACAUGGACGGCGCGGAGGCCGGAGGGGGCUGCACGCCGUCGCGCGCCCUGCCUGAUGCGGAGGACGCUGGCCCACUACAUCAGCCCGCGCUCGAAGCCAUCACAGCAUCCCAGCGAAGGGUGCUCGGCGCUGAGGCGGCCUUCACAGCAGGCUGGCAGACGCUUGAUGCCAUAGAUCUCGAGGCCACGCUUCGCAAGCGCGUCCUCACACUGCAAAGCGUGCCGGUGCCUUUGCGCAGCAUGCCGCGCACUGCCUUCCGAGCUGGGCUCCAGCUCGUUGCGGAUGAGAACUCCGCUGACUCAUAG